CCGACUCCAUAUGUGAUUGUUCUUGGCUGCAUAGUUUUGCAUCAAUCAUUGCAACGCCACAAUAGGUCUAUUUGGCUUUGUUUCAGGCAACGUUGGUUAGGGCAUUUCUUUCUUCUUCGAGUUCUAUUCUACUUUCUAAAAUGCUUCGGGCAGGGAUUGUUCAAGACGAUGGCGAGUCGGUCGUCAUCGCUGAUUCAGAUUCCCCAACCCCUUCCAGUACCCCACUCCCUGAGGAAACUGGUAAAGCUCUUUGUAACAGCGAAAAUGUGGAUGGCUAUCACACUAACGAUGGAGAGCAACAUCUCGACGAUAUGCCAAUGUUUGGACAGGGUGACUUUGCAAAUAGUUCUCGUAGUCAUAAUCAGAUUGAAAAUGAAGAUAGCGUUGACCACCAUGAAACUGGAAAGCAGUUUCAUUCAGAAUCUCAUUCUUUCCAACAAUAUUCACGACACUCUCAAGGAGAUGGACCCUUAUCAAGAGACUAUGAAGAUAGGAUGUCUACACGCAUCACGUCCAACGAUGAACCGAAACCGAACAUUAUCGUCAACUAUCUACCACAAAAUCUUACAGACAAGGAGUUUUUUCAUUUGUUCGCCCCAUAUGGCCCCAUGGAAAGCAUUAAGAUCAUGAGAGACAGUCAAACGGGGUAUUCGUUUGGAUAUGGCUUCGUAAAUUACAUAGUUCUGUCGGACGCCAUCGAUGCUAGGAAUGCGUUGAACGGUACUCAAUUAGGGCAUAAAAGAAUUAAGGUUUCGUUUGCACGGCCCCCUUCAGAUGAUAUCAAGGAUACCAACUUAUUUGUGACUGGAUUGCCCACAACAAUCACGGAAGCAGAAUUAGACCGAAUGUUUUCUCAAUUUGGAGUUAUUGUGCAUCUUCGUGUUCUCCGUGACCGACAGACAAAAACUACUCGAGGGGUGGCAUUCGUCAGAUAUGAAACUCGGAGUGAAGCUUGCACUGCUAUUCUGGAAAUGAACGGAUUUGUCCCACCAUGUGCAACAGAAGCCAUCCGAGUUCGGUUAGCUCAAGACCAUGGGAAGCAGAAAGCUGCCUAUCUUGCAGGGUAUCAAGCAGCGUUAAAGAUGAAAGGACCUGGUGCCAGAGUUUCAGAUACUCAAUUUCGGCGUUCCGAAACGUCAUUUGAUCUACGUUCAAGAAAUGUCAUCAAUCGGGGUCGUCCAAUGACAGUUGGGGAAAGCAUCAGAGUCACUACGUCAUCAUCCGACCCAACUUUGUACUGGAAAGGAUUUUUACAGGGAGCUCGAGAGCCAAAACCUCGUCCCGAAACUGCAGGAAACCCUGACCGCCGAGCCAAUUCACGUUCUAGAAAUUCACGAUACUAAAAAGUUGCAACAUUAUUUUGUCUUUGUCAGUACUGAUUUGUAGAGAAACAAAACUAACAAUACACACAAAUGCAUCUGGUUGGAAGUGAUAAUUCUUCAAGUCUUGCUUAUGUUGCAAAUAAAUGAUUAUGAAUUGAUUGAUGAAAGCAUAAAACACGAUGCAUUUGAUGCACAUAAUGCAAUCCAACUUUUCAUAAAACUAACAUUGAAUUUUAGUAGUUCUACAUUUUAUACGUAUGGAUAUCCGACACUUUUAGUGAGUUUCUCUGUCAUUGUUUCUCAAAUGACGCAAAUGUUUGCUCUGCUUGUGUCAACAAAUUCGCCUAUUAACUAAAAUGUAUCUUUCUAUAAGGUCUACAUUAUUCAUACAACAUUUAGCUUAUAAACAUGAAAUUGAGGUUAGGAUACCGUUGCUUUCAAUUUGAGAGGCAAGAUUCGCAAGACUCCUCAGCUCCUCAGUCAGCUGGCAAUUUGCAAGCAACUCCUUUUUGCAAUGCAAUGAUCGUGAUGGUGCUAAAGAGAACUCUUAAUAAUUAUUAAUGACUAUAUUGCUGACAGCUGCAGUUUAAAUAAAUUGCAGUCUCAGUAAUUUUGAACGAAUCUGCAUAUCAUAUUUCCAGUAAAUAUCGUGAGGUUGCGUUACAAAGGUUCACUUGAACCAAAUGAGACUUGUAGUGGUACAAAAAGGUGAGGAAAAGUGCUCUAGGCCGGAUUGAAUCAGAAAUAAAGGCUCAUGUGGUGUUGGUCAAAAUCCAUCUGACUUGUGACAUAUGUAGCAGACUAGACUAACUAUUACCUGUGUAUCGUCAUUAAAACAUUGACUGUCCUUUAUCAUGAAGUCAUAUAAUGGUGAAGAAUGAAGCAGCAACAGGUUUCAUUGUUCCAAGUGGGAUAGCCAUGCACCGUUCAUGAUGUGAAGGAAUUUGUCUCAUUCAUUUUCACCACUUCCAAAUAAAAUUGACCUUUCACCACCAAA